GGUAGUUGGCCCCGGACGAACCAGUAUUCGCCUUUGCCUAUGUGGCGAUAAAAGGCUCAGCUUGGCACAUGAUAGGUGCUGCAGGCGCGCCGUCCGGAGGAUGGCGAGCCGGGGACUUGCUCACGGCCAGCCGCGCGGGGGUGAGCUCCUUGCACUCCGCCUCCGGUAGCAUGGCGCGGGCAGAGAUGGCUUUGAACCAGGACAAGAGCAGGCUGCAGCUGCGGAGUGCCAGCCCAGAGAAGGGCCGGUCCUUCAAGUUCAGCGCCCACUCUGUGUCUGAAACUUCCUGUGGCGCUUACUCGCCCCGCUCGGCGGCGCCAGUGCCAGGAAGCACCAGGGCCAGCAGCCCCUUGCGCGGCCUGCGCGCCGGAGAGAUCAUGCGCGUCAUGAGGGACCGGAGCCCUGGCAGUGAAGGCGGCUCCCUUGCCUGGCCACACCAGCGCGGGGAGAAUCCACCGCAGUUUCCGCGGAGCGAAGUGCCGACUUCCCGAGGCUCCCCCAAGGCCAGUCCGCGAACAGGCGGCGGCAGUCCGGCGAACUUCCAGGAUGAGGCGCAGCGCCUGGCCGCCAUGGCGAUGGCCGCGGCUGCGCGGGCGGAGGACGAGGCGGAGGUGGACGUCCUUCAUGUUGGUGGCGUCGGGCGAGAUGGCAGUACGCGGCCGCUGUCUCCGCGGGUGCGGGAUAGCCCGUGGCUUGACGGCCUCUCCCCGCGAACUGCUGAGCGGGGCGGGUCGCGGCUGUUUCCCACGCACCUGGCGAGCGCGAGCCCCGUGAAGUCCCCAGGCGGCAAGCUGGGGGGCGCCUACCCGGUAGGCCGGCCAAAGGCGAAGGCUGCAGCGAGGGAGAAGGACGAGCCCAAGGAAGCAAAGUCCGUGAAGGAGGCCAAGGUGACCAAAGCCAAGUCGGAGCCAAAGGCGAAGCUCGCCUCGCCUGCCAAGGCCAAAGCGAAGGCGCGGCCCGAAGGCGCUGCCGGGGCCAAUGCAACGCAAGGGCUCGAGGAGGUGGUCCUGCGGGAGGUGACCAAGGCCGAGGUAGGCCUUUCCAAGCUGCAAAUGCUGCGAAACCGCCUGGAGAAGCGGAUGCAAGCGGCGGAAGAAGGCUUGCAGCAGACCAGACAGGAGCUUCAUGGCACACAGUGACCUGCGCGGAAUUCUUUCGGAUGCGCUUGGCGCUCGAUGCGCGAAGCCGUGCCUCAGCGCCCCACAGCUUGU